AUGGCUUCACUUUGCAACUACAGCCAUCCCGAUCCCCAAAUCGCGCAGGGACUAGUUCCCCACGGCGCAGGGAAACUUUUUCCCUACAACCCCGAGUUCUACGAUAACGCGAGUGGCUUGUACGGCCCCGGCACCAUAUACUGCUGGUACAUGCUCCUCGUGUCUGUCGUCGCCAGCUGGUCGUUCCAUCAAGCCGACCAUGGCAGCUUGAAAGAUCCCGGGCUUUCCAGUGAUCUUAUCGGCGCUUUGGCAUAUCCUGUGUUUGCCGCCACGGAUCUUCUUGUCCAGUCUAUACGUAUGCGGGGAAUGGACCAUCGCGCGAUAGCUAUUCUAUGUCUCCGAUAUCCAAAGCAUGAGCUCGAUGCUUACGGCCCGUUUGAUAACGUUGAAAUUGAUUUGCAUCAUAUUCCUCUCGAUUUACUCAACUUCGGACAGCAUAUUGUCGAUAUCACCGGGCCGCUCACGAUCCGUUAUACUGCUACCUCAUUCCUAUUUCUCCUCUACAUACUAUUCUGUUCCAGCAUGGAUUUGGGCGGUACAAGAUACUGGAAACCAAUACCCGCAGUGCGUUGGGUGAUGUACACCGUUUAUGGCUACAUUCUACUUAUACUUGCCGUUUUCCAUCUAAGUCUCGACAACUGGUUUGCCAGCUUCUUUCUCUUCUACAUGGAAACAACGCUACCCGCCGAGAUCAUAAUGGCUUACGUGUCGACUUUCACUAUAACAAUAGCUCUCAUCUGCUUCCUGGCCAUGCUCGUCUGGGCUGUGAUUGGCAAGGACCGUGGGCAGGCGAUAGAGGCUUUGAAGGCGAUUGGAUGCGUUCUCUAUUUCAUGAUACUACUGGCGAUGCCUUCUAUGAUGGUUCUUCGUUGGAACGAACUUGGUGCCAUGCCAGAUUUGGGUAUCCGAGUUAGCGAGAGAGAUCAGUUGGCGACCUUGAUUGUGGGUGUGUUUACAUUAAGUCUGACGUUUUUUGACAUUGGUCAUCACUUUUACCGAAAGAUGAACGGGCGGGAGGUUACAGAGGAGAGCAUAGAGAUGCUGCCUGCAAGUGAAGUAUAG